UGUUCCUAGUGAAUUUAAGGAGAAGCCCCACCCCUGUGCCACUACAUUUUGCUAUAUAUACAUGCCUAUGCCUGCAAUCGAAACUGCAUCACUACAAGAUCAAGUUGUCUCUCAUUUCCACUAUCAAAAGGGGAAAAAAAUGGCUGCCAUUGAUAAGCUUGAUGUGGAAGUUGAGGUGAAGUCUCAUGCAGAUAAGUUCUGGGGACUCAUAAGGGAGUCUGUCACUGUCCUUCCUAAGGCUUUCCCUGUUGAUUACAAGAGCAUUGAAGUUCUUGAGGGCGAUGGAAAGUCUGUUGGAUCUGUUCGUCUUGUAACUUAUGGAGAAGGUUCACCUAUUGUCAAGAUAUCCAAGGAGAAGAUCGAUGCUUUUGAUGAAGCAAACAAGACGAUGGCAUAUACAGUGGUGGAGGGUGAUAUCCUGAAAUUCUACAAGCAUUUCAGAUGCCACAUUACUGUAACACCCAAGGGAGAUGGGAGCACGGCGAAAUGGCUCUGUGAGUUUCAGAAGGCUACCGACGAGGUUCCAGACCCACAUGUCAUUAAGGAUUUCGUGGCCAAAAACUUCAAGGAGAUGGAUGAGCUUGCUCUCAAGGCAUAGGUCCCAUUUUGGUCUAAAAAUCAAUAAAUAAGGGACAGGCAGUACUGCAUUCAUCUUCCUACGUAGUUACUCUUUCAUGUUGACUGAAAUACUUGCAUGGUCUGGAUGCUGUUAUUUAAAGAGAUUAUGCUGCUAUUAGCAAUAAAUAAGGCUUAAACUUGAAA